AAACAUGAAAGCUUAUAAAAUUUUUAUCAAAGGAGACUAAUAUGGAGAAGGAAGGUUUCUUGAGGAGUGGUCAUGGAAGAGAAGAAAGCCGUGAGGAGAUGAGAAAACUUGAUUCAUCUCAUCAUAAUGAUUCUCAUCAAGAACACGACCAUAUUAUAAGAUCCAAGAUGAACGAUGGAUGUCAAUGGAGGAAAUAUGGCCAGAAAAUAGCUAAAGGCAAUCCAUGUCCCCGAGCUUACUACCGUUGUACCAUUGCAGCUUCUUGUCCCGUAAGAAAACAGGUGCAAAGAAGUUCAGAAGAUAUGUCUAUACUUAUCUCAACAUACGAAGGAACACACAACCAUCCACUUCCCAUGUCAGCAACCGCCAUGGCCUCAGCCACUUCCGCUGCUGCCUCCAUGCUUCUCUCCGGCGCCUCCUCCUCCUCCUCCACCGCAGCUGAUCUUCAUGGCCUUAACUUCUCUCUCUCCGGCAAUAACAUCACUCCAAAACCUAAAUCACCUUUCCUCCAAUCCUCUCCUUCCCCUUCUUCUUCUGGCCAUCCGACAGUCACACUCGACCUUACAACCUCCUCCUCCUCGCAGCAACCGUUCUUAUCAAUGCUCAAUAGAUUCAGUUCUCCUCCUAGUAAUGUCGUCUCACGAUCUAAUAGUUAUCCUUCAACCAAUCUCAACUUUUCAAACAACACCAACACAUUGAUGAAUUGGGGUGGUGGUGGUACUCCCAAUGAUCAAUACCGUGCAGCUUACAGCAACAUUAACACCCAUCAGCAAUCACCUUACCACAAAAUUAUUCAAACCCGAACCGCCGGGUCAUCUUUCGACCCGUUUGGAAGAUCAUCUUCAUCACAACCUCUACAAUCCAAUCUUGAUCAUAUUGGAAUCAAGAACAGUAUUACUCAUCAAGUGCCAUAUUUACCGGCUGAAACAAUCAAGGCAAUCACGACAGAUCCAAAUUUCCAAUCAGCUUUGGCGACUGCUCUAUCUUCCAUCAUAGGUGGCGAUUUAAAGAUUGAUCACAAUGUGACUAGAAAUGAAGCCGAGAAGAGCCCUUAAAGAGAAGUUCUCUAUAUGUUCUUAUAUACUCAGUACAUUGGUAAAUGGGUUUAGUCUUUCACUAGUAAUUUCCUAGUUCAUCUAUAUUUUGGUUGUUUAAUCAUAAUUUUAUUUUGUUGUUGGAGUUUAUGGAAGUACUAAUGUGUACAUAUGAAACUUUAGAACGAAUAAAUAAAACUUGGAAUUCCUU